AUGGCAAACCACACGGCGCUGAGGGAAUUCUUCCUGCUAGGAUUCUCGGAGGUCAUCGUGAGCAGAGGGGUCUGUGGGAAGAUGGCGGCCGCCUCCUGGCUCGGCGGGGGCCUCUCCAGCCUCGUGCUCAUGGCCACCACCUCCUCCUUGUCCUUCUGCGGGUCCAACGUGAUCCGCCAGUUCUUCUGCAACAUCCCCCAGGUGCUCCGACUUUCCUGCUCAGACGGGAAGGAAAUGGUGUUCGGCCUCAUCACCCUCACGGUGAUCAUGGCUUCCGGUUGCUUCGUCUCCGUCGUUGUCUCGUACCCUGAGGAACCGGGACGUGACGCCGGCGAUGGGGAGGCUGGUCCAACGGAAGCUCUGUGCCCCGAAGCCGAUGAACUGUUGGAUGCCCGGUUGAUUCUUUCCCCGCCAACUUCCGUUCUGAUGUUGUCCUGGAGUGGUGAAUCGGCCACCCUCACUCCUUCCGGCCCCUCCCGCAGCCCCCCAACUCUUCGCGCCUUCCGGCCCCGCGCCUCUCCCCUCAGCGAUUUCCAGGCCCCCCGGCCCUCGCGGUUUCCAGCCCCCCCGCGGCCCGGCUUCCGGCUCCGGCUCCCGGCUUCUCCCGGCCUAAACCCUGCGCUAAAUGCUGGGGUGGUGUCGAGGACGUCGGAGGAGGACGGGACCGUGCCCCUCACCCGGGAGGAGUUGGGACGCCUGAAUCCCAACCACUGCAACCUCUACAAUGACGUGAUGCUCCAGAGCUACGGGAACCUCUUCGCCCUGGUUCCGAUGCCGGGUGUCCGGAGUCGGUUUCCCGUCACCCCUUGCGGGAGGGAGAGGGCAGAGUGGGCGGAGGACGGAGACCCGGCCAGAGACGCCCCCGAAGACCCCGCCACCGGAGACCCCUCCGCCGGAGACCCCUUCCCAGGCUACAUCCCCAGGCCUGGCGCUACCCACUGGGCCGGACGCUCAGGCCAGGCGCCACCCAUUAGGCAGCACCCCCAGGCCCGGCGCUCCCCGUUAGACGUCCCCGGUGCCCCCCCGUCCGGCGGCUCCGUCCCCCAAGCCGGCCUCUCCCGAGCGGAAUGCGUCUCCCACGGCGGGAGGCCCGUCCGAGCCCCGCUGAGGAGAGCCCCCCGCGAGGCCACCCAGGCCCAGGCAGAGGACGGCCCGCCAUCGCCCGCGGGCGGCGCGCCCUGCCCCGAGUGCGGUCGUCCAUCUGGGGCCCCCGCGGGGGCAGGGGGCUGGGCCCCGUGCCCAGCCUGCGGGCCCCGUCGCCCCCACCCGUGCCCCGACUGCGGCAAGGCCUUCACGCGGCCCGCUUACCUGUCCCAGCUCCGGGCCACCCACCGGGGCGAGCACCCCUUCUGCUGUGCCCAGUGCGAGAAGACCUUCCUCCGCGUCCCCCACCUGGCCCAGCACCGCGCCACGCACACGGAGGCCGGCCCCUUUUCCUGCCAGGACUGCGGCCAGGCCCUCCGCCAGCACGUCGACCUGGCGGCCCACCAGUGGACGCACACGGGCGAGCGGGCCUACCCAUGCCCGGACUGUGGCAAGGUGUUCGCCACCUCGUCCAGCCUGUUCAAGCACCAGCGGACCCACACGGGCGAGUGGCCCUUCCCCUGCCCGGAUUGCAGCCGGGCCUUCAGUGUCAAGUCCAACCUGGUGCAGCAUCAGCGCACCCACAAGGGCGAACGGCCCUACAAGUGCCCGGCCUGCGAGCAGACCUUCACCGACCGCUCCACGCUGACCCACCACCGCCGCAUCCACAGCGGCGAGUGGCCCUAUGCCAGCCCCGACUGCGCCAAGGCAUUCAGAUGCAGCUCCAGCCUCAUCCAGCACCGCCGCAGCCACAGCGGCGAGAAGCCGUACGCCUACCCCGACUGCACCAAGGCCUUCCGCUGCAGCUUGCACCUGGUGAAGCACCAGUGCAUCCACACUGGCGAGCGGCCCUACGCCUGCCCCGACUGUGGCCGUGCUUUCCGCUGUAGCACCAUGUUCAUCCAGCACCAGAAGACGCACACGGAUGAGAAGCCGUACUGCUGCGCCCAGUGCCCCAAGGCCUUCACCUGCAGCUCCGACCUCAUCAAGCACCGCCGCGUCCACAGCGGGGAGAAGCCCUUCCGCUGCCGUCUCUGGGGCAAGGCCUUCGCCACCUGCCCGGCCCUCGUCAAGCAUCAGAAGACUCACGCCCCCGACCCCGCCAACUAG